AUGGUCGUGUUCAGCAAAUUCACCGUUGCCAUUGCCGGCCUGGCUUCCAUGGCCGAGGCUGUCCCUACUCGCAAGCAGUUCUCCGUCAACCAGAUCGCUGUCCCUGCUACCCGCACCAAGAGCUUCCACAGCGCUUACGCUCAAGCCCUGAGCAAGUACGGUGGUGAGGUCCCCACUGCUGUUAAGGCUGCUACCGCUGCCAGCGGCUCUGCUACCACCACCCCCGACAACAACGAUGAGGAGUACCUGACCCCCGUCAACGUUGGUGGAACUACCAUGAACCUGGACUUCGACACUGGCUCCGCCGAUCUGUGGGUCUUCUCUUCUGAGCUCCCCGCCAACGAGCAGGCUGGCCACGCCAUCUACCAGGCCAACAACGGCACCAAGCUCGCCGGUGCUACCUGGUCCAUCUCCUACGGUGAUGGCUCCUCUGCCAGCGGUGACGUCUACAAGGACACCGUCAAGGUCGGCGCCGUCACUGCCUCUGGCCAGGCUGUCGAGGCUGCCUCCAAGAUCUCCCAGCAGUUCGUCCAGAACCAGAACAACGACGGUCUCUUGGGUCUUGCGUUCAGCUCCAUCAACACUGUCAAGCCCAAGCCGCAGACUACCUUCUUCGACACCGUCAAGUCCCAGCUGGCUUCCCCCAUCUUCGCUGUUGCUCUGAAGCACAACGCCCCCGGUGUCUACGACUUCGGUUUCGCUGACUCCUCCAAGUACACCGGCUCGCUCGCCUACACCGAUGUCGACAACUCGCAGGGUUUCUGGGAGUUCACCGCUGACUCCUACAAGAUUGGCUCCACCGCCGGCUCCGGCAACCUGAAGGGCAUUGCUGACACCGGCACCACCCUCCUGCUCCUCGAUGAUGACGUUGUCUCGGCCUACUACCAGCAGGUUGAGGGUGCUCAGAACGACCAGUCCGCCGGUGGCUACACCUUCGACUGCUCUACCAAGCUCCCCGACUUCACCGUCACCAUCUCCGGCUACGACGCCGUUGUCCCCGGUGACCUGAUCAACUACGCCCCCGCUUCCCAGGGCAGCUCCACCUGCCUCGGUGGUAUCCAGAGCAACACCGGCGUUGGCUUCUCCAUCUUCGGUGACAUCUUCCUGAAGAGCCAGUACGUUGUCUUCGACUCCAACGGCCCCCGCCUUGGUUUCGCCGCCCAGAAAUAG